AUGUCGUCUUGUAUUAUUCAAGACACCAAUGGCCAAAUGAAGGAAAAGAUUGAAAUGGAUAAAGAUGAUCAUAAAGAAUCUAAUCAUGUAAAGGAAGAUCUUAAUAUCCUCUGUCAAGCGGAUCCUGUUUCAAAUACAAUAAAUAGUUUUCUCUUGCUUGAUGGUUCGGAAGAAUUACAGGUGCCUAAUGAUAAAGAAUUUUUAGAUAAACUCAGUUGUUACGAUAACUGUAAUGUCAAGGUUGUAUCUAUCAUUGGUAAUACUGGUGAUGGCAAAUCUUACACCUUGAAUCAAACAUUUUUUGAUGGUCAACAAGUCUUUGCAACAUCUGCAGAUCAAGAUAGCUGUACUAUUGGUGUAUGGGCAGCACUUUGUCGACCACUGCGUACUAUCAUACUCGAUACUGAAGGGAUGUUAGGUUGUAAAAGUGAUGAAAAUCAACGAAUGAGAUUAUUAAUGAAAGUUCUAGCGAUAUCCGAUGUCGUUAUUUAUCGCACACGAUCACAUCGAUUACAUCGAGAUAUGUACAAAUUUAUCGGUCAUGCAUCAAAAAGUUACUUAAGAUAUUUUGCUUCCGAGUUGGAGCAAAUUACCAAUCGUUGCCAUUUGAAAGGUUCUGUGUCUACACUUGGGCCUGCAGUGAUUAUUUUCCAUGAUACUCGUAACACUGACUUAUUGGGAUAUGGAAAUUCCAAGACAGCUAAUGAAAAAUUACGAGAGGCUUUUUUGGAUGUGGGUUGUAUGCCACAAGCAUUUAGCAAUAUCGAAUACGUUGGUAGUAAAUGCGCUGGUCCUGAAGAUAAUCCAGAUUUUUUAAAGUUGCGCAAUGCUAUUCAGAACCAUCUAGAAAAUAAUUCGAUACGCUCUCCAAGAUGUGGCCAAGUUAUAUACAAAACUCUAAAGGCUCUCAAUGAAAAAUUUGGUGGAGAAAUUGAGUAUACCGUCCCAGAUACAUUUCCUGACGCAUAUUUUACUUGUAAUAGUACGUGCUUAUCUUGCGGUACACGAUGUGAUAUGACCAUGAAUCAUAUCAAGGACGAUAUACCGCACUCUUCCUCAAAUAAACACUGCAAGUUUCAACAUCAAUUCAUGAAUAAAGUUUAUUUAUGUCUGGUUUGCCAUGAACGUGGUGAAGAUAUGAUCGUGGAACCGAAAUUAAUUGAGUCAGCAGAAUCAAAAUGGCUCGGAUACGCACAGUAUCUAUGGUCAGGGUAUAUUCUGGAAUGUCCAAAUUGCGGUAUUAUUUAUCGUAGCCGUCAGUACUGGUACGGAAAUAAAGCCCCAGCAGAAGAAGCCAAAGUGAUAAGAACUGAAAUUCGACAUGUUUGGCCUGGUUCAGAAAUUAGCAAAGCAGAUUACGGUAACACUGCUCGGAGACUAUUAGACAGUUUAUCAAAUAUUGCUGACUCAGUUCGAGAAGCUAGCGCUAAGCCUAAGAAAAUAGUUUCGGAUUGGGUAGCAGAUUCAAUCGCACCUUCAUACUGGGUUCCAAAUUCUGAAAUAAACUGUUGUAAGGCUUGCCAAUGUAGUAUCUCUGGCGAUAAUAAAAUCCAUCAUUGUCGAUGUUGCGGUGAAGGAUUUUGCGAUGAUUGUUCAGCAAAUGAAAUGCCCGUACCAUGGCGUGGAUGGGGCCAAAUACCAGUUAGAGUUUGCCAGUCCUGCUUUAGCUCUUAUAAAGAUUUAAAUCAUUCGAUAUCUAAAAAAAAUGAUGAAACUCAAUCUAUCCCCCGCAAUGAUACAGUUGUAAAUGGCAAGCAUGAUAAAAGCAAGGGAUUGACAGCGCGCAAAGUUGGCGAAGGUGUUGCAUCAGUUAUAGGAGCUAUUACGAAUGCCAUGGAAUAUCCGCGUGGCUAUGUUGUAGAUAUUGUUCGACCUGAAUAUUGGGUACCUGACCAAGAUAUUCGUCAAUGUAAUCAAUGUCAAAUCAUAUUUGCUUCCAAUAUGACGAAACAUCACUGUAGAAAAUGUGGUCAUGGCUUCUGUGAUACUUGUACAAAAACUAAAUUGUCAGUUCCAUCGCGUGGUUGGGAAUAUCCAGUUCGUGUCUGUGAUAACUGUGCAAAAAUUUUACAAUCUGAAAAUGUUUAA